AUGAGUGCAUUCAAGGUCGCGGUAACGCGCCUGAAGAUGCUGCUCGUCCGGGUCCCAAUGAUUUUCAAAACUAUCAUCCUGCAUAGCCUGCGCAUGUCGCCAGGGUCAGGGAAGCAAGAUUUGCGCACUGAACUGAUAACAACUGUUAUUCGUUCACUUAUCACGGCGGAUAAGCCUAUGCUCAAAACUCAACAGGGCAGUAUGCGUGACCCGGGGAUUCAAGGCCCUAUGUGGGUUUCCAAGGUCACUCUGCCGCUGCCCGAGUUCGAUGUACGCGACGCGGUUCUGAGUGCUAUCGAGGCGCUUGGAACUGGUCAGGAAACUUUCAAUCUUCCUGGAGUUACAGCUGUUGAGGCUGAAUGGACUGGUUAUCGCAAGGGCGUUGGCAAGAAAGAACCUCAACUUGAUAUCUCUGAAGAAGAGAAAUAUCAUAGGCUGCAAAAGGAUAUCUCAUCGGAUAAGACGAUUCUGUAUUUUCAUGGCGGUGCAUACUUCAUGAUGGACCCAUGCACUCACAGAGUGCUUGUCGCACAUAUCUCCCGCUUAACAGGCGCCCCUGUGUUCUCAGUGCGAUACCGACUGGCACCACAGAACCCAUUCCCAGCAGCGCUUGUCGACGCAUUAACAGCAUAUCUAUCACUUAUCCACCCACCCAAGGGCUCUCUCCAUAAGCCCGUCCCAGCCAACAAGAUCGUUAUCGCUGGAGACUCCGCAGGAGGAAAUCUCUCACUUGUCCUAUUGCAGACGCUACUAACUCUCCGCCGCAUCUCACGAACAGUUCUGUUUCAUGGAGAACAAGUCGAAAUCGAGUUACCGGCUGGUGUAGCAGGUAUCUCACCAUGGUGUGAUGUCACACUUUCGAUGCCCUCAGUCAUUCGGAACAGAAUUUGGGACUACAUGGACAUUCGUCCCGGAGGAGUCGAUGAACCAGACUAUUCUAUUCCCUUUCCUGUUUUCCCUUUUCCCGCAGACGAGGUUUGGCCUGCUUCCCCGCCGCGUGUAGAUAUCUUCUGUAACGCAACAGCAGUCUCACAUCCCCUCGUCUCACCCGUCGCUGCUAGUCCUGAUCUUUGGAAAAAUUCUCCUCCGGUUUUCAUCUCUGUUGGUGAGGAAUCUCUCACGGAUGAAGGCUUGGUCUUAGCGCGCCGUAUACAUAAGGCUGGGGUCCCUGUUAGCGCUCAGAUGUUCGAGGGUAUGCCGCAUUGUCAUGCGAUGAUCAUGAUGUCUAUACCCGCGAGUAAGAAAUUUUUCGAGGGACUUGCUGCGUUCUGCUCUGAGCCUACGGCUUAUCACGGUAUCCCGAACGGGGUUUUGAGACACUAUGGGGCCAAUGUGCAGAAUCAACGUGAGAUUCCUUUGGAGAAGGCGGUUGAUGUUAGCGAAGAGGAGGUUGAGGAGCGGAUAAACAGGAACAAGGCCUGGAGAAUCGAAACUGAGAACGCAAUGCAGAAGGAUUGGCGGGAGCGAGCACGUUUGUGA